AUGGAAGCUAUUUCUGGCGCUGCCGUCUUCUGUAUUUGGAUUAUUCUUGGUCUUUGGCUGCUAACUCAGAUUAAUAACGUGGACUAUUCUGUCCGAGGCUUCGCUCAUUACUUCGACAAUAUUCUGAAAGAAGAAGAGAUCCUUCAUUUGGAUGAAUUGGUCGAGGCUGACGAAGGAUUAAUCAAAGAAGAAGAAGUGCCGGAAUCUGCGGAAAAGUUCUUGGAGAACAAAUUGAUCGAGGACCAUUUGCAACGGCGAGAAUGCCAAAUUGACAAUCCUCGAAAAAAUGGGAUCGUCCCUCGAUUUCAUACGAACCCCGAGAAAUUUCUAAUUCCGGUUUUGGCAUGGGGACCAAAUAAUCAAAUGCGUGGAUUCAGAGAAGCCCUCAUUUUAGCAAGAAAGAUGAACAGAACAAUUUGCGUGCCUCCCUUCUUCAAACAUCAUUCUGAUAAGAGUAUUCAAGGCGGAAACGUUUUCGUGCCGCCUGAAUUGCGCCUUGACCUGGGUUCACUGCGGUCUUUGACGACGACCUGCGAGAUGUCAGAAAUUCAGGAGAAGUGCGCUGGACACAUCGAUGCAGUUCUCUAUGCCCGGGCGGCUUGCUCAUCUCACCUUGCAGAUCGGCUUGAGAUCUUUAGAGAAUUCACAGGGCUCUAUCCCUUUCUUGACGCGAAUUGCGGGCCGAGAGAUGGCAUUCCUACCUUUCCAAAGGACUUCAACGGCAAAAUGACUUCAAAUCUGGCGUUGGACGGAAACGAGCACAUCCACUCCCUCUACCCCGUCCAGGAUGCUCGCUGCGUGGUCUGGGUCUUUCCCUACGUUCAAUUCAACGACUUCACGAAUUACCUCCACGCUGCUUGGAACGGAAACGCGAAUAAAGCGCUCAAGAACCCGGAAGAUCUUCAGUUCUUAAAACACAUGAUGCAAAGCACUAGAAGACCACCAUUUAUCGUCAAGAUGAUUGACAGAUUCAUGGAGAAAAUUGUCGGUGGAAAACGAUUCAUUGCAGUGCAUUACAGAUUCGAUACUGAUGAUUGGAUGAAGCACUGUAAAGAAAAGGAGGACAACAAAACAUGCCAAAAAGUAAAAGAAAUCAUGGAGGACGUACCAACUGCUUUGAAGCAUUUUGUCGACUACCUCGAAGACCAGGUUCUUAGGCAUAAAAUUCAAGCCGUUUACGUGGCAGUUCCCCUGUCAGAAGAGCAAAUUCGAGACGGAAUGAAAAAGAUGGUAAAAGAGCGACUUGGAGCGGACUUUCCAGUUUGGUCUUCCGAGGAUUUGUUUCCAUUUGUCUACUCGCUAAGUUGCGAAAAAUUCUCAGAACACGAUAUUAUCUCGACGUCGGAACAAGAGAUUUGCGUCAGGAGUACUGCCUUUCUGCGCGCAACACCAUCGUCCUGGUCGCGAAACGUCUUCGUCGAACGGAUCGUGCAUCCGACCGCGAAGAAAUUCGCGUUUCACGACGACCUCCUUCUCAACGUUCUCUACAAAGCAAAAGCUGUUGAUCUCUGA